CUUGGGGAGUGAAGUGGACCUGGGACGGGGCAAAAGAAAAAAGCAACGAAGAGCCCUUAGCUCAAGUCCGGAAAGUGUGCAGCGACUACCACUUCCACCGCCCUCUAUGAUGAAAAAAGCACAGAAGACGGAUGGGAGACGUAUUCACAAGCAGUCAUCACAUGCAUCAACAUCUAGGGCUAAUGAUCCCAACGUUUGCAGUGAUCAAGGUGCAGUGCAAUCUGCACAAAUGGGUGCUAGCGAGACUUCAGAAUCUGAGGGUGAGGUUGAGUCUGGAGGGGAACAAGAUGCAAAGCAAGAAUCAUCAGGCAUUAAAAGAUCGUUCACAGCUCACUCUUUGAUGAAAAAAGCAAGCCAAAUGGGAAAUACACAGUGCAACAAUGAGAAGUGGCAUUCAAGUCAGUCUGUUGCACCUAUUUCAGAUGAUGGCAUUAAGCAGGUCAUCAGGCUUCUACAAACGGUAAUCUUGAGAGUCGAGCACCUGGGAAGCCAACUGGAUGUAAUAAAAGCAAAGCUUUGUGACCAACAACAGCAGCCUGAAGCAGAUUUGUUAGAAAAACCAUUUUGUGACAUCACGGAGUUCGAACUGUUUGAUCAAGGCCUCUCAGAAAGUGCUGCAAUGAAGUCAAAGUUGGUAUGGGAACUUGCUGCCUUAGGAGGAAGAAAUGUUAGUUUGUCUACGCGUCGCAUUCUCGAAGCCCUGAUGACCCAGGAAGUGGCUGUUCAAUAUAGUUGGCUCGCACAAAAAGGAAAUAAGAAGUUCUUGUCGUUGACAACCUGCGACUUGAUAUAUAAAAGUGUUAAGUGCACAUUUGAAACUGUGAAAAGAAGUGAAGUUGAGGACGUUGUAAAAACGUGGCUGCAGACACGCUGGGGAGAAGCUUAGAAAGAAUAACAAACAGUCUGAAAAAGUCACGGAGCUGCUGGAGUGACAACGCAGGGCUCACUGAAGUGCAGCAUGUUUCAACUACAGCACGGAGCACUUUUUUUUCCACAUCUUGCUGUUUUAAUGAUAAUUUCCUCAUUAUAAUACUCAUUUUUACUUUUCCGUUCUUUAAUAUUUUAGGAUUGUAUUUUAAUUCCUCAUUUCGUAGUCAUUUUUAGUCAGUUACAGUUUAUUACUCAUUUUUGCAUUGCUGUAGCAGGCAGACAAUUUUUUUGCGCAUUAAGAGUGAUGCCUUAUGUAUUCAUGUCUUUUAUAAUAAAUAUUAUAUUUAAGCUUU